GGUGGUCACAAUCGUCACAUUCGUCCUAACAGUACGACGCGUUGGCUGAUAUCAAGUUGUUCUUAUGCUACGCAGCCGUUGUGUUCACUGAUUCAGGUGUGCAAUAGCUAUUUAAACAAUAACGCCCCUACUGGCCGGGGGGCGUGACCAUUAGGAAUACGGAUUCCAAUAUUCCAUGUGGAACUUCGGCCAUGUUCAUUAAGUAGGCCUUGGUUGAACUUGAUUAGAAAGAGUGGACACACUGAGACAACUUUUUCUUUCCACAGUUGUUAAUUAUUGUAAUUGAAGUGGAAACUCCAAGGCUGUGAAAAGUAAUCGAUUAUGAAAAAUAUUCUUAAGCUAACCUUAGCUAUUAUAAAACCGGAUGUAGUGAAAGUUCCUUUUACCCUACAGCAAAUCCACAGUAAGAUAUUAACGGCUGGUUUCUACAUAGUUCAAAGCCGUACUGUAAACCUUUCUUGUCAGCAAGUUGAGAAUUUUUAUACAGAACAUACUGGAAGGUUUUUCCAUAAACGGCUUGUAACAUUCAUGAAAAGUGGACCUAUUCAUGCACAUAUCCUAGCUCAUCCUGAAGCCAUUCAAUUGUGGCGUAAGAUUAUGGGACCAACAAAAUCUUUUGUAACACAAUAUGAAGCCCCUGACACCAUUAGAGGAUCAUUCGGCCUUACUGAUACGAGAAAUUGUACUCACGGCUCCGAUUCUGAAACAUCAGCAAUGAGAGAGAUCAAGUUUUUCUUUCCUCAAUUCAACUAUGAGGAAUGGUUGGAGAAACAGGAGUCCGUUUUAAGAAAAUGAAUAUGCAGUAUUGUGUACUCCACCUUCACUCACAGCAAAAAAUAGAAGUUAGGGUUGUAAGUAAGAAUUUGCAGGUAAACAAUACAUUAGUGGCUGUCAA